AUGAACGAGAUUUUAGGUGCGGGUCUUAAAAUGGGAUUGUUUUUGCAGGUUGUCGCUGUCAGCCCCUCCGACGCGACAUUAGACGAGGUAAGAUUUGGGCUCAAGUGUGCCAGGAUUUGGUUUUGGUUCGGGUCAUGCAUGUUGUUUAUUUAGGUAGCUAGCAAAGUAGCAUAUACGGUUAGCUACUUUGUUAGCUAGCUAGCUAUUAACUUGGCCGGCUGUUUUCCUACAAGUUUGCUGGCUAGCUAGACUCGGUUGGGUAUUAGCUGAUGAUGUUUUCGUUUAGUUAGCUAGUUAACGUCUGAAAAGUUCGACCGCUGUAGCUAGCUUUAGCUAUCUUGCUAGCGAGCUAGUUGUUUAGUCAGCUAUUUAGUUGGCAUAAUAGGCACUUAGCUAACUUGCUAGCGUUGGCGGAAAUCGACAAUCUAUUUGCUGCUUUAGUAACUAACGUUAGCUACAUGGCUACUGUUAGUCACUAACGUUAAUAACGUUAGUUAACAAACUUUUCUAGCCGCACCCAAUGACAGCUGUCUAAUUAAAUGGUUGACAGUUAUCAAAUAUCUCGCCACGUACUAGCACAGCAUUAUCAUCGUACUAGCCAACAAGUCAGUAGAUGUCUUAUUCAAAACAUUGAUUAGUUUGUUUUGUUGUAUAUCUGCAUUGAAACUGAAACUGCAUUUGUAAGUGCUGUCUAUAAACGGGUUGGCUGACGUCACUAAAAUGAUGCGAGUGCAUCGAUGUGGCCGGACUCUGCGUUAUGAUUCAAGAACAGUCAGCUAGCUAGCAAGAAUGAGGGGAUUCGGUUUUGCAUCAUGUGAAAGUUGAUUGUAUUAGUUUUGGAACCGGACUGGCUCCCGGGAAUGAGCCAGGUGCCCCAUUCAAAGCCCGCUGUGAAGUCGGCUCAAAACAAAAGUGAUGUAAUUAAGCGCGUGAGUAGGAUUGUGUUUUAACAUGUAAAAGAGAUCGCUUUUGAUAAAAGCUUUAUCUGCCUUUCCAAUGAAAACUAGUUUGAAAAUUCAAACAGAUAUUUUCAGGAAAAUAUAUGUUGUAUGUUUCUGGACGAUGUACCAUGCUGCCUUGUUUACAACAUGCCCGAGCGGCGCAGAUUACUGUUCGAUUUGAGAUGGAGCUCCUCCCUCAACGUUUAUCCGUUCACGUCACCGGCCAUAGACCGGUGCCCCGCGGCUCAGCAUAAUCGAAUCCAACCAAUCACAAGAAGCUGCCAUGUGAGUGAGGAAUCAUAUUUGUCUCGUUUCAGCUAGUUUUAUCUUGUUCUUUAUACCGUGUCUUGUGUUGAGGUGUUUUGACUGAUUUCAUGUCAAUGGUAAAUGUAAAAAAAAAAAAAAUAGCUAGCUAGCUAACCAACAACUGUAACGAUAUGUUUGAGAGACAACAAGUGCUCAUUGUGCAAAUGCAUUUUUUUACAAUAAACAUUGAGACAAAAUAUAGUUUACAUGUUGUCAACAAUCUAAGCCAACCCCGUCUGUUUUGCCCCAUAGUUGCGCACGCGUCGGUUUUGUCGCUAAACAAUCAACCUGUCUAUACUGUCAUUCACUUUGUUAUAAAGAAUACACGGAAGUUGUUGACUGGGAGGGGGGACGAGGUCAAAUCAUGACGUCAGUGAGCUUCAGGUCGGAAAGGCGGAGUUCUAGAAAGAUGCGGAGUUGAAUGAUCGUUCAAAACUAUUUUUCCCAGUCGGAUCUCGUUUUGUUUUAGUUCCCAGUUGUCUUGAACACACUGAAGUUGGAAAUGUUUGAGUUCCCAGUUGUUUUGAACCUGCCAUAAAUUCAUUCCAUGUCAUGACACACAAAGUGCCCCCUCAUACAAGAGCAUUGUAUGUAUUUUGUUAUCAUUAGAUAAUGACAGAUAUCCCUGCAAAAGGUUCAGAUAACUAUUACUACAAGUAAAGUUAUUGAAGUUAUGCAAAUAAAUUGCAUACUAUAUCAAUCACAGUCCUCCUUUUGGGACAUUCUCACAACUGACAUUUGACCCAAAAAAUAUUCAAUAUUCAUGUUUUUUUCUUCAAUAUUCAUAUAAUGUGAGAAUUGGUAUUGAAAUUAAAAUACCACUCAUAUUACAGAGCAGGCAGUAAAGCUUUAUGACACCAAUUUUUCCUUUGUAGUACAGAUUAAACAUUAUGGAGUCUUAAAGAAGGCCUGGGUAAUGCCAAAAUGUCACAAAUGUUCCAACUUCAAUUAAUUAUUUCUCAAUUAUGCUUUAAGAUACAAAUGUCAAAUAUACACUGAGGUUACAAAAUAUAACACCUUCCUAAUAUUGAGUUACGUACCCCACCUCCUUUGCGCUCAGAACAGCCUCAGUUCGUUGGGGCAUGGAAUCUACAACGUGUCAAGCGUUCCACAGGGAUGCUGGCCCAUGUUGACAGCAAAUCCUUCCAACAGUUGUCAAGUUGUCUGGAUGGCCUUCUUUAUACACACAGGAAACUGUUGAGUGAGAAAAACCCAGCAGCGUUGCAGUUCUUGACACAAACCGGUGCGCCUGGCAUCUACUACCAUACCCUGUUCAAGGGCACUUAAAUAUUUUGUCUUGCCCAUUCACCCUCUGAAUGUCACACAUACACAAUCCAUGUCUCAAUUGUGUCAAGGCUUAAACAUCCUUUAACCCGUCUCCUCCCCUUCAUCUACACUGAUUUGAAGUUGAUUUAACAAGUGACAUCAAUAAGGGAUCAUAGCUUUCAGCUGGAUUCACCUGGUCAGUCAGUCGUGGAAAGUGUUCUUAAUGUUUUGUGUACACAUCUAUGUCAACAAUCCUUUCUCUAAAGGACCCUUCUAUGCAUAACAUUUUGUGAAAAUCAAAAUCAUGGUCCUGUUUUGUGAGUUAUCACCCACAAGUCUAAAGUUAAUUUGACAAUGUUUUUCUUUAUUUCUAGGAAAGGGGCUCGUCUGCAAAGUUUUGUGUUGUUUGCAUCUACAGCCCCUCACAGAUAUCUGAACUAUCUCCCCAUUUGCUGCUACAUCAUUGAGACUUAGUUUCAUUUUGGAUCUAGCAUCUUGCCUUAGUUCCAGGUGACUGAAUAUGGUCACCAGUUGCUGAGUGGAGGAGCCAAGGUUAAUCCCAGUGUCUUGUUUAACCUGUGGAUAUGUCAAUAAGUUCUGUUUGAGAGAAAUAUUGAGUGACACAAUACAUUGAUUGCAUUGUCCUACUUGGUUUUGGCCUAAACCUACAUCAGUCACCCUAAUUGUUCAACCCCCCCCCCAAAAUGUGUAGGCCUUGGCUAACUGACCAGAUAUCAAACCCAGGUUGUCCGUGCAUUGCAUUUCAAGACUGCAUUAGCCCUCUGUGCUACAGCUUAGAUGUGUAGCCUAAUAUCUGUCUGCAAAGACAAGACUUCAGAUCUCUUGCAAGGUGGUUACUCUUCAAGUGGGAGUAUUGUUGGCGUACCAUCAACCACAAAUGGGCUAGUUCCCAGAGCAUGUCCUCUUUUCUCUUUGAGAACUAGUGCUGAAUGUGUGUGGUGGUCAAGAAUGUUAUUUUUGUUGUCUCCCCUGUUUUGUUCAGCAUUGACUGUCCAACCUUGAACUUCUGCAGAACAUAUCUCUUCUAGAGCGCUGUUGCUGUACAUUCUUCUUGCCAGUCAGCACUGUGUCAGUAUUGAAUCUGCAAAAUAGGAUGAUCUAUACUAUAGGCCAGGGCUGCCCAACCCUCUUCCUGGAGAGCUACCGUCCUGUGGGUUUUCAGUCCAACCCUAAUUUAACACACCUGAUUCUACUUAUUAGCUGCUCAACAAGACCUUAACUAGUUGAAUCAGAUACGCUAAAUUAGGGUUGGACUGAACCUACAGGACAGUAUGGAAAAUGUAUGCACUCACUAACUGUAAGUCGCUCUGGAUAAGAGCGUCUGCUAAAUGACUAAAAUGUAAAAUGUAGAUCUCCAGGAAGAGGGUUGGGCAGCCCUGCUAUUGGCUAUAUGUGUGCAGCGCGUGUGUGGUAAAUAAUCAACAUAACGAACGAACAGCUUCGGGAAUUCAUCUAUUUUUUUAAUCAAUUAUAUAGCCUAGAUUAAAAAUAGCAUUAUUCUUUUUUUUAUCACUGGCCCAAGCAGGCCACUGAUGAGGGUUUCCUAAACCUCCUCUGUAUGUCGAGCCCUGACACACACACAGACUGGGGCAUUCCCGUGCCGUUGUUGCCUCUUCAAAUAGUUACUUUAUUUUCAGUCAAUUGCACAUUACUGUUGGAAUAAAUCAUGAUGAUUAAAAAAAUAGUGAACCUAAUACUAACGUUACCGGGUUUUUAAAAAAUCACCAGUUGUUUUGGUCGCAGUAUCGAACCCUGUAUGCAAUUUGUGAGAGUGCAAAAGAUUGCUUUGCUGGUUGAUACUUCUUUGCCUGUCAUGUAGUUUACAAGAGCAAUCCAUGAUUCUAUUGCAGGCCUAAGAAAGAGACAGUUGGAGUUUAUUUUUCAUUCAAGACAUUUUGUAGUUCUUAGCGAUGGGCCUACUAAGAAUUUGAAACUAACAUGCUUCUUUGCAUGAAAAAGUAGAGAUCCUCCAUAAAUAAUUUAGCUUAGACACUAGUAUACAGCAUCAAUGGUCUGUCAGUAUGGCAUUCUUUGUGCAUCUUCAUGCCAGAUCCAAUGCUAUAUCAUAUGAACGCGGUCAAGAAUCCGCUUAGCCACUUUUUAGCAGCUGUCCAAGAGAAAACAUUUUCUGAUAGUCAAGCAGUGACACCGGACUGUUCUUGUAUGUCUGGUCGUUUCAGCAGCUUCUCAUUAUGGUCGAUUUACGUUUUAAUUAAUCUCUAAUAUGCCUGUGGGUUCUGGCUCAGUUAGUAACACAAUCCACCCGUCCAUAAUCUUCUACUGGAGUACGAGAAGGGACGGUUGUUCCAUUCAGCGGCAGCCUGUUGUUGAAGGCCGUGAGACUGAGGAAUCUUGUCUGUCGACAUUCUUUGUUGGGUCAAUGUCUCAAUGUCUUGUCUGAUAUGUCUCCUAGGCGAUGGAAAAUUCAGACGGCAAAAAAAACGUAACUCUUCAUCUCUUAACCUAGGCUUUUUCAUCUCUUAAGCUAGGCUUUUUCAUCUCUUAACCUAGGCUUUUUCAUCUCUUAACUAUUAACUAUUUUAAUCUCUUAAACUAGGCUUUUUAAUCUCUUAAACUAGGCUUUUUCAUCUCUUAAGCUAGGCUUUUUCAUCUCUUAAGCUAGGCUUUUUCAUCUCUUAAGCUUUUUCAUCUCUUAAGCUUUUUCAUCUCUGAAUAGUAUUCUUACAUGGAUUUGGCUUUAGUUUGUUUUGUUUCUAGGCCUAGCCUAUCAUGCUAACUGGACUGGAUACAACAUCCUAGCACAAGUACAACAACAAGUAACCCUAGGCCUAAGGGUUAUAUCUUUGCACUCGACAACAGCCCCAAGGCUGGGAGCCAGGGAGUUCUUGAUCUCCUCUAAAGCCAAAGAUCUCUGACCCUAGACUAUUGUGUAAUCUCCUAAAUGCAAGUUAUUUCAGAACUGAAAAUGUCCAAACCAAACAGUAGCCUAGUUUCUCUGCAGUUUUCAGCUUUAACCCAUUCUCUAGUGAUACGCUUAUUCCAUGUCAUACAAUGUAGUUGUAUGGUGUAAACAAUUUGUGGGCGGUUGUUAAAAAGAUACACACUGCAGAAAUGCUCCAGGCUUGUCUAGUGGAAGCGCAUAGGCUAGUGUGUGAAGUUGAUCUGUGGCUGGGUUUCACAAUUCCUAUGUUACUAACUGGCCUCCCUCGGACACACACACUCCACCUGCCGUUUUGAAUACAGAGGGAGCUCCACUUCAUUGCCAUGCAGUCCUCUACUCUGGCUGGCAGCUCACACCCCACUGCUGCUUGGACAUUUCUGUAGAGCAAUCCUUGUCCCCUAUUUUGCUUGGUGUGUGUGUGUGUGUGUGUGUGUGUGUCUGUGUGUGCUCUUUUUUUCCAUCUGUGGACUGGAAGGAUAAUGACCCUUGAGUUGAAAGGACUUGCGUUCCUUGGGAUUUUGGGAUUUUGGACCGCUAUGCCUCUCCAGCUGGAAAGGAAACUGGUAAUCUAUAGAAAACCUUGGCUAACCUUGCUCCUCAGGAUUGAAUCCAUAAUCUAAUCUUGAAGAGAAUGUGUAGCCUGGUAGGGGGUUGCCUGCUAAAUCAAUAUAUCAUCUGAAGCAGUUUUUGAUUAGACUUUCUUGGCUCUCUUCCUUGUCUGGUUAUCAAUGGCUAUUCCUGCUGUCCCCAUGGAAAGUAGAAACGGAUUGGUUUAAUGAUAACAUCUGUAUUGACAAUGAUUAAGUGUGUCUUUGAUCUAUCAGGUUAAAAGCUUUGGAUGUACGCUGACAGGCUAGUUGUUUGACUGGAGACACUUUUUAGGCCAUCAUCUGCGCGAACAGAAGCAGCUUGUGUCUGUACAUUGUGUUUCUCUUGACUAGGCUAACUUGGUGCGUUUGUUCCAGGGUGGGCCAUGUCUGUCUGUUCACUCUGUUGUAUUGAAUGUGGUAUUUUGUACUGCCUCUAUAACCUGCUAAGGUUACUAGGGUCCCCAGUCUACAGCUUGUGGAGCAUGCCCAGGUGAUCCGCAUUAUAAUCCAAGUAAUGAAUGAUAAGUGAUGAGGAAAUCUGAGCCGUGGACAUUCUAGCAGCUUAGCACCCCUGUAUAAGAGGAUGAUUGAGUAGUUUAAUACUAUCAUUUAUGUCUGGACCUAGUUCUUCCAGACCCUAUAGGCUACAUUGAACACUAGUAAUCAGUUAUUGAUCCGUUUUUUUAUUGACUUAUUUCAUUUUUUUGUUUUACUCAGGUCAGGUACAGUAUCUGUUAGUGCUGAUAAAGUGACCUAGGCUGUCCACUGUCUGUACGUCUUGAUAUAGCCUAUAGGCUAUACUAACUAGUUUUUAAUCAGUUAUUUGAUUAAUAUAUUUUAUAUUUGUUAUUCAGGUCCCAUACAGUUACAGGAUCUGUAAGAAUGUAGGACUCAAGUGACCUAGGCCUAAUCCCCUGAGUCAUUUCUGCAAAGAUAAACAUUUGUAGAAUAUUGACGUGGAAUAGCUAAACUGCUGUAUGAUGUGAUGUUGUGAUCUUAUAGUUGAUGCGUCAGUCAAUGUUCCAUAAUACUAUCAUGAGUUAAAGGUGCUACAUAUAGAAUUUAUUUAUAUUUUUGCAUUGUAAUUUCAGAAAAUGUCCAUAAUAUAUCUGCAGUAAUAGUGGAAUGAUAGUGUUUCACAGUAUUACUUACCCGCCAGUGUUGUGAUUGGCUGUGAUAUUCGCCCAUUGAUUUCUCCCGCGGAGUGACAUCUGUUGUCAAAAUGGGAAAGCUGUUUUGACUUUGUGACUGUGUUGGAGUCAGUGGAAAUGGAGUCAAGUGGCCAAUGUAGAAAUCACUCAUUUCCUGGUUGCUAAAAUUCUACACUGUUCACUCAAUUUCAGUUUGUGAGAAAACAAGCACGGAAAAGUGUAGGGAAUCAUUGUACCAUUUUAAAUCGCUGUGAAAUAUAAUUUCAACAACAAAAUAUAUACACUGAACAAAAAUAUAAACACAACAUGUGAAGUGUUGGUCCCAUGUUUCGUGAGCUGAAAUAAAAUAUCCCAGAAAUGUUCCAUACGCAAAAAAGCUUAUUUCUCUAGCAUUUUGUGCACAAAUUUGUUUACAUCCCUGUUAGUGAGCAUUUCUCCUUUGACAAGAUAAUCCAUCCACCUGACAGGUGUGGCAUAUCAAGAAGCUGAUUUAAACAGCGUGAUCAUUACACAGGUGCACCUUGUGCUGGGGACAAUAAAAGGCCACUCUAAAAUAUGCAGUUUUGUCACACAACACAAUGCCACAGAUGUCCAACUGGCCUCACAACCGCAGACCACGUGUAUAGAGUCGUGUGGGUUCCCCAUGGUGGCGGUGGGGUUAUGGUAUGGGCAGGCAUAAGCUACGGACAGCGAACACAAUUGCAUUUUAUCGAUGGCAAUUUAAAUGAAACCGUGACGGGAUCCUGAGGCCCAUUGUCGUGCCAUUCAUCUGCUGCCAUCACCUCAUGUUUCAGCAUGAUAAUACACGGCCCCAUGUCGCAAGGAUCUGUACACAAUUCCUGGAAGCUAAAAAUGUUCCAGUUCUUUCAUGGUCUGCAUACUCACCAGACAUGUCACCCAUUGAGCAUGUUUGGGAUGCUCUGGAUAGACGUGUACGACAGCUUGUUCCAGUUCCCGCCAAUAUGCAGCAACUUCGCACAGCUAUUGAAGAGGAGUUGGACAACAUUCCACAGGCCGCAAUCAACAGCCUGAUCAACUCUAUGCGAAGGAGAUGUCGCACUGCAUGAGGCAAAUGGUGGUCACACACAGCAGACACUGACUGGUUUUCUGAUCCAGUCCCAACCUUUUUUUAAAGGUAUCUGUGACCAACAGAUGCAUAUCUGUAUUCCCAGUCAUGUGAAAUCCAUAGAUUAGGGCCUAAUGAAUUUAUUUUAAUUGACUGAUUUCCUUAUAUGAACUGUAACUCAGUAAAAUCUGUGACAUUUUUGCAUGUUGCGUUUUAUAUAGUUGUUCAGUAUAGUUUUUCCAGCUGUUUGAAGCUGGUGGACCAAAACCGAAAGUAAAAGGCUCAAGCGCUAGUCUCCGCCAUGUUACAGGGAAAUGGGAUGAGGGGGAGAUUUUAUUUUGCUUCCACAGCCUAGUGCCGUAGCAAUACACCUAGCUUCCACAGCCUAGUGCCAUAGCAAUACACCUAGCUUCCACAGCCUAGUGCCGUAGCAAUACACCUAGCUUCCACAGCCUAGUGCCGUAGCAAUACACCUAGCUUCCACAGCCUAGUGCCGUAGCAAUACACCUAGCUUCCACAGCCUAGUGCCGUAGCAAUACACCUAGCUUCCACAGCCUAGUGCCGUAGCAAUACACCUAGCUUCCACAGCCUAGUGCCGUAGCAAUACACCUAGCUUCCACAGCCUAGUGCAAGUAGCAAUACACCUAGCUUCCACAGCCUAGUGCCGUAGCAAUACACCAAGCUUCCACACGGGGGAGAAAUUCUAGGAGUAGCACCUUUAAUGAGAUGAUGAGGAGCAAAAAAUGAAAAGGUCAAUAUUUGAGCAGGUGUGCUGUGAGCGGCGGAUGCUGGGUCAUAUUCACUAGGCACCGAACGGAAGAAAACAGACUGAAACAGCGAGAGACUACCUGGGCUUGUCCGAUAAGAAACGCUAAUUUCCGUUGUCCGUCGCAAAGGUUUCGCUACGUUGUGACUCAAUGAACAAAACCCAGGUGGUGGAUAUACUGUUUUACACUCCUGUUAUUGACUUGUCUCUUCUCUUGUGUUGUCUUCCAGAGCCUACUGCACUGUGAGGGGCUGAACAACCAGAGCUACGUCUGUGAGUCAGGACACUGCUGUGGGGAGACACAGUGCUGCAGUUACUACUAUGAGCUCUGGUGUAAGGACUCUCUCUCUCUACACUAUCGCACACACAAGCUCUCUCACUUGCUCUCUACCUCUCACUUUCACUCUCCCGCUCUCAAACACAUUUACAUUUGACAUUUGAGUCAUUUAGCAGACACUCUUAUCCAGAGCGACUUAGUUGGUGCACACACGUACACGUGAACAUGCAUGUUCUGAACAUACAGUACAUGUUCUGAACAUACAGUACAUGUUCUGAACAUACAGUACAUGUUCUGAACACACACACAGCAUUUAUUUUUUCUAGACAGGUCAGUUCUAACAUUCCUUUGAAGCUUAUUUACUGUACUAGGACAGGACCGCCCUCAUCCGCCUCGUCUCCCUGUCCCAGGAGAUAGGUCCUCUGCAUAUCUCUGUGUUGUUGUUGAUGAAUGAGCUACAACAUGAACUGUGAACUCCGAUUGGGGUGUAGAAUACCAAUUGACACCGUGGUACACUGUUGGUACCAAACGUUCCAAAGCAGUUACAUUCUUGCUAUGGAACAACCUGGAGGGUAGUUGGCCAAUAUCUAUGGCUCUACCUCCACGUUGUUACUUUGUAGUGGUGCAGUAUAUCUCUCUGUUGCAUUCACUACCACUUUGUCACUACUGGCAUUAGCUGUAAAGGCACUUCGAUUUUUACUGUUGUUUUUCAGUCUUGUAACUGUAUCUGUCUCACUGUGUAGUUAUGUACUGUAGCUCUCUGUUGCUUUCAAUAACAAUUUGUCACUCCUUCCAUUCAGCAGUACCUUCACAGUACAUUUAGCAGUACAUUUACAGUAGUCUCACCAUAGAGAUACGAAUAACACGUAUUAACAUGUGUCUAUGUUUCACAGUCUUUCUACUGUGUCUCUGUCUCCGGCAGGGUUCUGGCUGGUGUGGGUCAUCAUCUUCAUCCUGAGCUGCUGCUGCGUGUGUCACCACCGGCGCACCAAGCACCGGCUGCAGCAGCAGCAGCGCCAGCACGAGAUCAACCUCAUCGCCUACCGCGAGGCGCACAACUACACCUCUGUUCCAUUCUACUUCAGUAAGAGUUCCAUCAUUGAUGUCGUUACCGUCAUAUUGCAUUAUUGUGUCCUGCCCAUAUUAACCAUGGCAUGGUGUGAUGGUGCAUAAGAGGAGCCGCAGAUAUGCACAGCAUCAGACUGGUAGUGGUCAACAACAUGGCAUUAUUGCGCAAUGCCCUUCUAUUUCAGUCCCAUCGUUGCCGUGGCGCAAUAAAACAUGAGAGCACUACAGCUUCACAUAUACUCGACUUCAGUCUCAGAGUAGUUCUCUCCUUCGGCCUUUCUGUCUGACUACAUUGCAUUGUUAUUCCCCAGUGCAGAAGUUUACUCAAACAUUGCACCUUGGAUACAUUUUUGUGGUUAUUCCUCUUAGCUAGGGCGGAUAUUUCUCAAUUGCAAUUGUUGCAUCAAACUGAGAGGUUUGUCACUGCCUGGCAGUGCUACCUUGACUCAACUCCAGUCCUUUGUUUGAACUAGGAGUCGCGGUUUCAUUUUAGUGUCAGACGACGCUCAGCCCUGUUUCAUGCCCCAGAUUACAGGAAACCUUUACCGCCAGGUCUUGGUUCUAUGCCAACAUUGCAACAUGUUUUCCUUGUAAUCAUUUUCAGUUCAUCCUAAUUGUCCUUUUUGUAUCCCUCUCUUCUUCACUUCCAGGGUUUCUUCCAAAUUCCCUCCUACCUGACUACGAGGAGGUGGUGAACCGCCCUUCCACCCCUCCCCCUCCCUACAGUGUCUUCCAUACAGUCAGCCCCCUGACCACUGACCCACAGGACGGCCUGGGACUGGGACACUGCCCGACCAUCCAGACCACUCCGGUCCCCCCAGUGUCCGACACACUCUGCUCCAGGCCGAGCCUGGAAGAGCCCCACCACAUUGGGGCUCCCACCAUCGGCUACAACAGACACAAGGCAGACAGUAAGCCUCAGGAGCCCCAGGAUGGUGGACCAGGGCUAGGUCCCCAGGAGGCCUCUACAGAGGAGCCUACAAGCCCAGAGAAGAGUUGCAAGGAGCCUCUGUUACUCGGGGACCUAGGGGGGUCCGAGAGCGGUGCCCAGGAGGACAAAGAUAAUAGGGGGGCCCUCGGAAGGCGGCGCCGAUUCACGGGUGACUCGGGUAUCGAGGUGUGCGUGUGCGACCGUGGUGGUAGUACCAGUAUUGGAAGCCAGGAGGGCAAGGAGCUGAGGGAGAAGGAUAGCCUACUGGGGGAGGAGGUUGAGGAGCAGGAAGAAGGGGACUUCUGCGACGGGUGCGGUCACCCUGCUCCGGGAUUGGAAGAGGAGCAGGCCCUAGCCCUGGAUGGACCCGAGAGUAGGUCGGAGUGCGGGUCGGCGACAGCGUCCACCUCCCCGCCACCACCCGCCAUGACGCAACCCCCCCACCCCCCGGUGUGCCUGCUCCUCCACACCAUCAACGAGCUUGAGGGGUCCCCUCACCAUGGCAACAGCACAGAGCCCCAGGGCUGA